AUGUCAGCUGAAGCUGUAGAUCAAACGAGCGCAACAAACCCACAAAACCCACAAAUCUCACAAGACACUGAAAACGUCGCAGAAGGCGGCGAUGAAGGCAAGCUCAAGACACUGACGAAUAUACUCAAGAAAUGUAUGUCAGUUAAAGACAUUGCGAAUAUUCGUCUCUCUCUCCCCGCUAGCUUGCUUUACCCGGCAGGUAACUUAGAGUACUGGAAUUAUAUCGGCCGCGCAGAUACUCUGGUCGAUAUAAAUCAGCACGACGACCCUUUAGAUAGAAUGCUAGCAGCUGCUAGAUUCUGUUUUGCUAAAGACCUCCGUUUUGUUCGUGGUGGUGUCGUUAAACCAUACAACUCAGUCAUGGGCGAGCAUUUCCGUUGUUCUUGGCCAGCCACCGUCCCUGAUCACAAUGACAAGGGUGAAUUUUUACCUUCAUCUGAUUUAGUUGAUCAGUAUGAUAAUCCUUCGACUGGCACGUCUGGUACAACUACUCCUGCUCCUCAAGGUCCAGGUGUUGCUGCACAGGACUCAAAGAAUGCUCACGCCGUUUCAAGAGAUUUGAGAAACGUCGCUGCACUCAAUAAUCGCCGCUCAAAGGGCAAGAUCAGCUUCCUUACAGAACAGAUAUCCCACCAUCCACCCGUUUCUGCUUACUGGUACUCAGCGCCUGAUUGCCAGACUGAAGUGUGCGGUGUGGAUCAGGUUAGUGCAAAGAUAUCGGGCACUUCGAUUAAAGUUCAGCCUGGCGAACGCAACAAUGGUAUCUUUGUCAAUCUUAAAGACCGCGAAGAAGAAUACCAUAUCACGCACCCAACUGCUCUUGUUUCAGGUAUAUUAAGGGGUCUAUCGAGCAUAUAUGCUGUGAUUUGUGACUCAAGUAUUAUAGAAGUUAGCGGUCCAAAUGUCGGAGAUGAAUCUCUCAGAAUGAUUAUAGACUACAAGGAGGAAUCUUGGAUUGGCAAACCCAAAUUUUUGGUCGAAGGUGUUAUUUACAAAGUGUCGACAGAGGAAUCAAAGACAUGGAACAAGGUGAAGCAGGUUCCAAAAGAUCAGGUCCUUGCUUCUGUCGAUGGCACUUGGCGUACUCAGAUCAAGUUCAAGAAGGCAGGUGAAGAUGAAGAAAAGCUGCUGAUCAACCUCGAGAACCUCGAUUUAACACCAAAGUAUGUCAGAAGUCUCGAUCAGCAAGAUGAUCUUGAGUCUAGGAAGGUUUGGGAGCCUGUAACAAAGGCCAUCUUGGAGAAGGAUUAUAAUCAGGCUACGAAAUCAAAACAGGGAAUAGAACAACAUCAGAGAGAUUUAGCUAACGAGCGCAAGCGCACCAAUGAACAAUACCAGUCAUGCUAUUUCCAACUAGACACACCUGAAGGUAAACCAAUCCUCACUGAUGUUGGUAAGAAAGCUUUGGAAUCUGAGAUAUUGUCGGAUUUUGAAUAA